CUCAACGAUAUUUUUCGUAAAACUUAUACUAAAAACAAGUCUUGAAAAAAACAAUUGAUUUUCUUUUUUUAAUUAUAAACAUUUUUAACUACUUUUUAUAAUGGCAAAUACUUGUAUUAUUCCAGAAAACGAACAUUGGCAAUUUAGAGAGUGCUUUUCAUGGUUUGAUCGUGAUGGAGACGGAUUUAUAGGUGCAGUGGAUCUACCUGCCGCUUUACGUGCCAUGGGACAAUAUUGGUCUUUAUACGAGUUAAAAAACUUAAUGCUAGAAUUUCCCCCUAACACUCAAUUAAAUUAUCGGGAAUUCAUGAAGAUUUGCGAACGGAAGUAUGGUAUAGUUCCUAGUUCACAAGACAUUGAAAAAGCUUUUGAGGUUUUUGAUCAAACUGGCAGUGGAUUCAUUUCACUUGAUUAUGUCCGCCAUGUAUUGUGUAGUGUAGGAGAACAACUUAGCCAUAGUGAAUUUGAAGAAUUAUGCUCUAUCAAUGGCUUGUCGUGUACUAAUGAAAAUCAAACAAUAGACAAGGAAACUUUUUUAAAAAUAUUUGGUGUUCACAAAAAUUAGUUAUUCUACAGGUUGGAAACGUGACUAAAAAUUUAUGCUCAGUAUGUCUAUACGACAAAUAAAAACAAAAUUUCUUUUCAAACAAUGCAAUAUAUUCUAUUUCUAACAAAAAAACUAAUAUUUUUUUACUAUUAUAAUAUCACUAAAUUGUUUCUACCAUACCUCCCGUCUUAUAGCUUAUUAAAAAAAUAAAAAACGAAACGAUAAACUAUUUUAAAUCUUACCAUAC